GCAAAACACCCAACGGAGUCUCUGUUUCUUCUGCUCCUCUUUCUCUUUACUCUCCCGCUUUGUUUCUCAUUCCUCUCCCUCUCUCUCAUUUGUUUAGGUAAAAUCCAUUGCUUAUGAAUGGAAAGAAGAAUAGGAGAGUAAUAUCAGAAGGUUGAUGAUGGGAUUAAAGUUCCAAGAAAGGAAGAACACGAAAUUCAACCAAAUUUUGUGGAGCAAGCAAGGAAGGUGAGCACACAACUCAAGAUUUCUCCAACUUUUACACUCAACUUUCAAUGCAAUCCGCUUUACAUAUUCACGCUCGAUACCCAUGGAUUCCACAAAAUACCCACAUCCCAACUCGUAAACUAUCCUUCCUCUCUAACUCCACAACCUCUCUUAAACCCUUCAUUGCCACGAAUUCUCUCAAGACCCCUGUGAACUUUGGGUGCUGCUUCGGAGAAGAAGAGGACUUCAAUCUCGACUACCCGUUCACUCCUUCGCGUCUUCCAGUAAUAAUUCGCCAGCCCAGUGGCAUCUCUCAGUACUGUUGGGACGGGAAUGAGCUCAAAUUGGUAUCUCUUGACGGAAAGUCACUCACUUUAUCCGACUUCUGUCUUAAUUUUGAGCAAGGUUUUCAAAGAUUGGUUUGCGUGUUUGGCUCUGCUGUAAGGAAUUUCUUCCUUCCAAAGGAGACUAGUGAGAAUUACUUGGAAUAUGUGAAAUGGAAGUUCGUUCAUAGAGUUUUCAGUUCUGCUCUUCAAGUUCUCGCUACGCAGGCAAUGUUUCGAGCAAUCGGGGUUGGCUAUUCUCAUUCACUUCCAUCUGCAGCUGCACUCAAUUGGGUCUUGAAAGAUGGGCUUGGACGACUUUGCAGGUGCAUCUACACUGCUACUCUGGCAUCUGCUUUUGAUACCAAUCUCAAGAGAGUUAGAUUCUCAACAUCUGUCCUGUUCAGUUUGAGCAUUGGAAUUGAAUUGCUAACUCCUGUAUGCCCUCAAUACUUUUUGGUGCUUGCAUCUAUCGCCAACAUUGCAAAACAAAUAUGCUUGGCUUGCUACUUAGCUACUGGUACUGCUGUGCAUAAAAGCUUCGCAAUGUCCGAUAACCUUGGUGAAGUUUCUGCAAAAGCACAGAUACAACUAGUAUGCUUUGAUAAUCUUGGCCUUAUGCUUGCGGCUGUCUUGAAUAUCUUGUGCCGUAAUAAUCCUAGAUUGCAAGCAGGUCUACCAUUUCUUGUAUACCCAAUCUUCUCAGCACUUGACCUUUACGGUAUUUAUCAAGGAUUAAAGCAUGUACAUCUACAAACAUUGACUAAGGACAGACUUGAGAUUAUAGUAAGCUUGUGGAUUGAGCAGGGACGUGUUCCUUCACCUGCAGAAGUGAGCAAAGAGGAAGGUAUUGAAUUAUUUUGGGCCAAAGGCAGAAAACCCUUUCCUGUCAGAAUUGGUUGCUUAAAUGCCAAGAAUCAAUUGCCAAAGCUUUCAAUGAUGACAAUUCAAAAUUUAAAAAGUUGGGAUUUCUAUUUCUUAUGCCUGGAGAGAUUUGCUAACAAAGGGGGAUGCAUGGAACAGUAUGGUAUACUUCUUAGCCUGCGGGAAGGAGCAGGCACUGCAGAAAUCAUUAUGGCUCUAUUACACGCGUUUUAUGUCCGCAAGGGUCUUCUAUGUUGCUGGGGCAGGUGGGAGAGUAAUUUGGACGUUUUGAACCGUUCAGAUGCAUUUCUUGAGGAAUGGUUAGAUUUGAUAGAGAAUGGGAAGGAAUCAGCGGAAGUAAAUUUGAAGUUGCUGAUUGAACAGAUGUCAUCGUCGGGAUGGAAUUCUAAAAACAUUCUGUUGAGCACACAAGAACAGGCUCGCUAUAGUUUCCUUUCUGACUAAAGAUUUUUAAUGGUUAUACUGAUGAGGAUGGGUAAAACACAGAUAGAAUAUAGGGAGCUAGCCUGCAUGGGCAGCUCAACUGGUCGCAGAGAUGAAAUUUGUCACAGGAGACCAAGGAUUGAGUCUCACCAGUGGCAACGUGGGAGCAACCUCUUAAAAUGAGGAGGGUUCCUUGUGCAUAGUAAGUAAAAGUUUAGCCUCUGACCAGAUUUACCCCUCCACAAAUUGUGGGGGCGCCUGGGAUGGGCAAUUCCACCUUUUAUGUCACAGGAAUAUAGGGAGCUCACUGAAAUGUGAAGAGGAAUAGAAUAAUAGUGAAUCAGAAGGGAAAACAUUCAUUUAUUUGAAAUCAUGAAAUGGACUUUCAGCCUAGCAAAAGGUGCCCUGAAUCUGCUGCUUGUGAGUUUAAAUUUUGUCCUGAUUGAUUUGUGCUUGUGAGUUCUAA